AUGGCCGAAGGCGACGCGCCCGCCGCCGCCGCGGCGUCCCCGCGGUCGCCCAUGCCGCCGGAGACGCCGGCGACGCAGAAGCGGAGGCAGCGGGGGCUCGUGUCGCGGGUGUGGAAGGGCAUCUUCGGCGGCCGCGAGGACGUCGAGAAGCUGCUGCAGGCGCUGUCCAAGGAGGAGGAGGCCGUGCGGGCGCGCCUCCGCCGCCGGGCCCGCGCCUCCCGCCAGUCCGCGCACAACGUCCUCGCCCUCGCCGCCGCGCUCGAGAUUGUUGCAGUUGGAUAUGCCAUCAUGACUACGAGAUCGCCGGACAUCAGCUGGCAGAUGAGGGCAGUCAGGGUGCUGCCCAUGUUCCUUGUUCCUGCUCUAGCUGCUCUCAUCUACUCGGCCAUUACAAGCCUCGCGAAAAUGCUUGAUAACAGAGACCAACAGACUCUUGAAAAGCUUCGAACUGAAAGGCAAGCCAAGAUUGAUGAAUUGAAGGAGAGAACAAAUUACUACACUACUCAGCAACUUAUACAGAGAUAUGAUCUUGACCCAGCUGCAAAGGCUGCAGCGGCAACAGUUUUGGCAUCAAAGUUGGGCGCUGAUUCUGGAUUGAGAGUCUUUUUGGGAGAUGAACCAAACAGGGAUGCAGCACUGGGUAAAAGUAAUGAUAAUAAUCUUGGACAAACUGGACUUGGGCAAAGAAAAGGACACUUAAGCAAUGGUGCUGGAAGGGCCCAGUCCCUUGAGCCAUUUGACGGCUCAAAUGUGUAUGAUGGUAGUGAAGAAGGCCCCAGCACUCCUACUCAGAGGAAUGCUGAGCACUUUAGAGGUCCAGCUGGUAAUGAUGGGGGAUGGCUUGCACGAGUAGCAGCUCUGCUUGUAGGAGAGGAUCCAACACAGUGCUAUGCUCUAAUUUGUGGCAACUGCCAUAUGCAUAACGGUCUUGCUAGGAAAGAGGACUUUGCCUUCGUCACAUACUACUGUCCUCACUGUAAUGCCCUCAAUGGAUCCCGGCAACACGAGGACCAUGAAUUGGUACCUAAUUCUGGCAAGGAGAGUCCGGAUUCUCAAUCUGGUGGAAUCAUUGGCCAAGGUGGUGCAAGCUUUGCAACCUCAGGUGCUGCAAGUCCUGUUGCAAGCAGCCUACCAACCGUUGAAGAACUCUCUGCAGAAGAUUCUGGGGAGAAGGCGAGCAGUGACCAACCUGCCAAUUGA